CCUCGCCCGCAUACAGGCAGGCAGACAGGCAGGUUGGUCUGGGUCUGGGUCUCCUCGCUCUCGUCGGCGAGGCAAAAGCAGAGUUGAGUUGGCCGAAACCAAACGGCGGACGGGCGGCGGCGGGCGGCAGCGGCGGCGGAGCACGACGACGUCGAGGCCAGCACGGACAGAGCGAGCGGGGGCCACAGGACAGCCUACCAGGCAACAUCCUUCUUGCUCUUCUCUCCUUACCAUCCUCCAUCCUACCUAGUAGCCGCUCCUAAACGCUCCUUGGUCCGCACCCUACCUUUACCUUCUCCCUCUCUCCUUCAACCAACACCCUAAGAUGGCCAGCUCUCUCUCGACGCCGGGCUCGCAGCAGGUCAAGGCCAACCCGCGAGCUCGCGGAGCCUCUCACAUCGACUUCAAGUCGGCCACUACUGGCGUGGCCGCAAAGGCGAUGCGAAAUGAGCUCAACAACAUGGUCGCCGAGAUCCAGGACUCGGCUGCUAGGAAGCACUUCGACGCCGAGAUGAGCGGCUUCUUUGGCCUCUUCAACCGCUACCUCGCUGAAAAAGCAAAGGGAGAGCGCCUCGACUGGGACAAGGUCAAGAGCCCCGCAGCAGAGCAGGUCACCCCCUACUCGCAGCUCACCAGCAAGGCAGCUGACCCUUCAAUCCUCAACAAGCUGGCUGUCCUCAAGCUUAACGGUGGUCUGGGUACCACGAUGGGAUGCACCGGCCCCAAGUCGGUCAUUGAAGUCCGUGAUGGCAUGACUUUCCUCGACCUGUCCGUCCGACAGAUUGAGCACCUCAACUCUACGCACAAUGUCAACGUGCCUUUCAUCCUCAUGAACUCCUUCAACACCGACGAUGACACGGCCCGCGUCAUCCAAAAGUACGCCAAUCACAACGUCGAAAUCCUCACCUUCAACCAGUCGCGUUACCCGCGCGUGAGCAAGGAGACGAACCUUCCUACUCCCCGCAGCGCCACGAGCGACAAGAGCAACUGGUACCCGCCUGGCCACGGUGACCUCUACGACGCCAUCAACAACUGCGGUCUCCUAGACCGCCUGAUUGCUGCAGGCAAGGAGUACCUCUUUGUCAGCAACGUUGACAACCUGGGUGCUACCGUCGACCUCAACAUCUUCCAGCACAUGAUUGACACUCAGGCCGAAUUCAUCUCCGAGGUCACUGACAAGACCAAGGCCGACGUCAAGGGUGGUACUUUGAUCGACUACGAGGGCCAAGUCCGUCUCCUAGAGAUCGCUCAGGUGCCCAAGGACCACGUCGAGGACUUCAAGUCGAUCAAGAAGUUCCAGAUCUUCAACUGCAACUCUCUCUGGAUCAACCUGAAGGCAAUCAAGCGCGUCUUGACAAAUGAUGAGCUCGACCUCGAGAUCAUUGUCAACAACAAGGAGCUUCCCUCAGGCGAGGCAGUCAUUCAGCUCGAGACGGCGUGCGCCGCAGCCAUCAAGCACUUCCGCGGCGCCAAGGGCGUCAACGUUCCUCGCUCACGUUUCCUGCCCGUAAAGGCGUGCUCCGACCUGCUGCUGAUCCAGUCAGACCUCUACUCCCUCGAGCACGGCGCCCUCGUCAUGAACAAUCAGCGUCUCUUUGGGCAGACCCCCGUUGUCAAGCUCGGAGACACCUUCAAGAAGGUGUCCAAUUACCAGAAGCGCUUCAAGUCCAUCCCGAACAUCAUCGAGCUGGAUCACCUGACCGUCUCAGGCGAUGUCGUCUUUGGGCGCGGAGUGCAGCUGAGGGGCACUGUGAUCAUUGUGGCGAACGAGGGGCAGCAUAUCACCAUUCCGGAGGGGUCGGUUCUCGAGAACAAGCUCAUCUCGGGGGCGUUGAGCGUCAUCGACCACUAGAGCGGCGGCGGCGGCGGCGGCAGCGGCGGCGGCAGGUCCCUGUCUGCUCGACUGCGAUACUGAAGAUGAGGGAGGGGCGAGGGAUGGGAAGAUGUACCAGGCCAUCGGGUCCUGCAUAGCCGCUCAGCACAGAAAGCUUGCCCUUCUCACUUUUUCUUCGGGACGAUGCCUCGGACUCUGCUUCUUCUUCCCUUCUCAGGGUUCUUUUGUUGAUGUCGAAUGGGUGCUGUUCUUCUCGCUUGCUUUAUAUACACUUUGAGACUCAGACGCAAUUCACGCGAAAAUCACACGAUGGGUUCAGCU